AUGCCAAAAUAAUUUUGUAGUCCAAUUGUUGCACAAAUUUGUAUAACUAUUAUAACUGGUCAUCAAUCUCCAAAGGGUUUUACCGCUACAGUACAGAAGUUUUUUUGUCGGAUUACUGAGAUUUAAACUACUUUUCUUUAGCCAGUUUUUUUGUGUGCAAAAUUGUUAGAUUUUAAAUACGGACCAUAUGGACUGCUUAAACUGAACUUGACUUAAGAUGCUUUAAACAUUUACAAACAGCUGAAUCCAACAGCCUAUAUACAAGUGUUACCAUUUUUAUAUUAAAGUGAAAUAUUAGGAAGCUGAAAGUGUUUAAACCUGGUGCACGAUGAAUUUGAGGCGCACAAAGUUCAGUUUAGUGGCCAUCGUGCUGCAAGUUUUGUUUAUUAUCAUUUUCGGAGUUCUAGGAGAAUAUGGAGAAUCUGCACGUGCAAAGGACCCGGUACCCGCUGUUGAUGUUGCAGCCAUGUAUCCGUAUUUCCAGGAUGUACACGUGAUGAUCUUUAUCGGUUUUGGCUUUCUCAUGACGUUCCUCAAACGAUACGGAUUCUCUGCAGUAUCGGUGAACCUGUUGGUGGCGGCCUUCGUCCUACAGUGGGCUUACAUCGUCCGUGGAAUCAUCCACCAUGUAGCUCACGGUCAUGCAAAGUUCCCUGUGCAUCUUGGGGAAAUGUUAUCUGCGGACUUUGCGGCUGCGACAGUUUUAAUCUCGUUCGGUGCCGUUCUCGGAAAGACGAGUCCGUUACAGCUGUUAGUGAUGGCACUGAUUGAGGUGGUUCUAUCUCAGGUCAACGAAUGGAUUGGUCUAGACAAACUAGGGGCCGUGGACGUAGGAGAGUCUAUGUACAUCCAUGCAUUUGGUGCCUAUUUCGGCCUUGCAGUAGCCAGGGUCCUGCACAAUGACCAUGCUAGUGAAGCCAAAUCAGAAGGAAGUGUGUAUCACUCGGACAUUUUCUCUAUGGUUGGUACUGUAUUCCUUUGGAUAUUCUGGCCGAGUUUUAACGGAGGUGCGGCGUCCGGGGACGAGCAGCACAGAGCCAUUAUCAACACGUACCUCUCCCUCGCUGCCUGUACUGUCAUCACAUUCGCUAUCUCCCAGCUUGUCGACAGCAAAGGGAAGUUCAAUAUGGUUCACGUGCAAAACGCUACAUUAGCCGGGGGCGUGGCACUUGGAACAAGCGCAAAUAUGCCACUACAACCUUGGGCAGCUAUGCUCAUUGGCUGUAUUGCUGGAGUCCUCUCUGUCAUUGGAUACCAGUAUAUCACUCCCUUCCUAGACAGUAAGUUGAAGAUUCAUGACACGUGCGGUGUAAACAACUUACACGGGAUGCCUGGAAUUCUUGCUGGAAUAGUGGGUGCGAUAUUCGCUGCAAUGGCCAACACAGACAGCUGGGGUGAAAGCAUGUACGAGAUAUUUCCACUGAUGGUACCGAUGGAAAACACAACAGACUUUACCAUGGUACAAGCCAACUUCUCCAUUAUGGACCCUGGUGCUGGUCGUACAAGUGUUACACAAGGUGGCUUCCAGAUGCUCGCACUUGUUGUGACGCUCGUGGUUGCAAUUGUUGGUGGUGCUGUGACAGGAUUGUUGCUACGGCUGCCAUGUUUUGACAAUGUUGAGGGAAACAGGAUGUUUGAUGAUAGGGAAUUCUUCAUUGUUGAAGCCCAGGGAUUUCCUUACAAUGAGACAGGUGACGAUACCAUCGAAGAUGGUAACGAUACAAAAAUGCGAAUGCUGAACGACUCGUAACCGAACGUCACCUUGGCAACAGACAUUAGUAAUUCCUAGUAUCCAUGGCAACGAGUAAAUAGGACAUCAAUUGACUUUUGAAAUGAAAAUUGAAACAUGCGUUACAGAUCGUUUAUGUGUCCAGUAUUUAGGAUAAAAAAAUAUAUCGAGUGACUUAGUGAAAACAGAGUGAAGAGUGAUUUGUGUUUAACUUUGUUCUUUCUAAAAACGUUUGAGUUCAAUGAAAUACUGGAAUGUCUGUAUGCCAAAUAUGUUAAUUUUAUGUUUUAUUCAUAUACAUUGUAAUACCAUUUACACAUUAUGACCUAUCCUCCACUGACCACAGCUGAAUUAAAUGACAGAUGAAUUCUAAAAUAGUAUAGGAGUUACAGAAUAAUGUACAUGUAUUUAGAAUCUCUUUUAGAUCUUUGGAAUCAUACGGAAUAAAACAUCAUUAAGAACAAGUACUAGGCUGAUCUCAUGAGAAUGUCUAUGAAUCUAGUAACUGGAGGAAAUCCAACUAGCAUAUAUUAGGAAAAUUAUCAAUUCUAAUGAAGGGUCAUUUAACUUAAUAUGUUAUUAAUAUGAUAAUAUCAUACAAUCACUGCCUUUUGGAGAGGGUUUCUGACCUAUAAAUAGUGACAGCGGUAGAAUAAUUAUCUGUGAAGAACAAAACGUAUUACAUAGCAUACGGAUGAUAAACAAUAAAACAUAACAUAAGAAGCAUGAUUUAGAUUAGAAAACCAUAAAACAGUAAACAAAAUGCAUUCUGAUAAUUUCAUUGUUUAGUUACUAUAUUUCUGUUUAUGAUGACCAAGUGUUCAAGAGUUUAACCUUUACCCUGCUAGAUUUCUAAAAUGGACUGGUCCAUCAUUCAGUUUGGGCAGUACCACUUAUUAUUCAAAGGGUGUUCACUGAAAAAUUACUGACUGCAUGAAUAGUGAACAGUUCAGACCAUGUUCAGCCUGUCUUGGUCUGCACAGGUCACUUGCCGCCAGCAGGCUGAAGGUUAAGAUAAUGUGUUUGAAAUAUAUCUAAAAUACUUCAAUUAAUCGACGGAACUUACCAUAUAUCUGCCUGUUCCAGAACUAUACAGUAUUGUAUCUAUGGCAUACAUGUACAAUAGUAACAUGUUUAACCUGUCCGUUUAAAAUCGAUCUUGCGUGCAGUCAACAUGAUAAGCUUUUGACAGAAUAUGUUCUUUUGCGGAUUCAGCUGUCGGUUCAGUGGACAGUGCACUGUAAAAUAUUUCUAUACCAUCUAUGUACAUUCAUGUAUCUCAAUAUCUGUUAAUUCAUAUCAUUUUUAAUGCGAAAUGCCAAUCUGACCGCCUAUGAUAAUAUUUACCAUAAUCCGUUUAUAUGUUUUUGUACAAGAAAGUGUGAUGUCACAUGUGCUCAUGCAUUUAUUUUAAUGAGCUGUAUUUUGUGUUCAAUAAAACUUUGUAAUAUCAUG